AUGUCCUCCCUAGGCGACCGCAUGACUUUUCCCGACGAAAAGAAGCUCGACUGGGCCGAGGAGAGCGAAGAGAUGGACAACCAGACUCAGACACAGCAGCCUGCUCCUGCUCCUGCCACGGACGCAGCACCCGCCGAAGCUGCACCCUCAGAUCAGACCGAUGGCGCCUCAGAGUUUCAGAUGGGCUCGUCGUUGCUCGAACCCGAAUUCGACGUCAAUGUCAAGCUAAACGACCUCCAACAAGACCCCAACAACCCCCUGUUCUCCGUCAAGGAAUUCCGCGACCUCAACCUCCCCGAAUCGCUCCAAAAGGGCAUCACCUCUCUCGGUUUCACCAAGCCCUCAAAGAUCCAGGAACGCGCCCUGCCCCUGCUGCUCCAGAACCCUCCCCAAAACCUCAUCGGCCAGUCGCAGUCUGGUACCGGCAAGACCGCUGCUUUCGUUCUCAACAUUCUCUCGCGUAUCGACUUGACGCUCCAACAACCUCAGGCACUUGUUCUCGCUCCUUCGCGUGAGCUCGCCAGACAAAUUCUCGGCGUUGUCCAGGUCAUGGGUGGCUUCAUGGAAGGCCUUAGCACAUACCAGGCUGUCCCCGAUCCAUCAACACGCGGCCAAACAGUCACCGGCCAAGUCGUCGUCGGCACUCCCGGAACCGUCAUGGAUCUGGCCCGUAGAAAGCAGCUGAACACACGCGGCAUGAAGGUGCUUGUCCUGGAUGAGGCCGACAACAUGCUCGACCAGCAAGGUCUCGGAGACCAAUGCAAGCGCGUGAAGCAGCUUUUGCCCAAGGACGUUCAGACUGUCCUUUUCUCCGCCACCUUNCCCCAGGAAGUGCUCCAAUUCACACAACUCUUCGCACCCAGCGCGAACCAAAUCACUCUAGAACGCACCAACCUCACCGUCAAGGGCAUCAAGCAGAUGUACCUCGAUGUCAGCCAAGACUCCGACAAGUACGACGCACUGAUCAAGUUCUACGGUCUGAUGACAAUCGCCUCAUCCAUCAUCUUCGUCCGCAAGCGUGAGACUGCCGACGAGCUCUCCAAGCGCAUGACAUCCGAGGGCCACCACGUCGUCACCCUGACCGGCGGUCUCGACGGCGUCGAGCGCGACUCAGUUAUUGACCAGUUCCGCGAGGGCCACGCUAAAGUUCUUAUCACGACCAACGUCCUCGCCCGCGGUAUCGACGUUCAGACCGUCACCAUGGUCAUCAACUACGACAUCCCCGACAAGCCGGCUUCUACAGGUCGCGGUUACGUGCCCGAUGCUGAGACCUUCUUGCACCGUGUGGGUCGUACCGGCCGUUUCGGCAAAGUCGGUGUUGCUCUGACUCUUGUCCACGACAAGCGCAGCUGGGAGAUGUUCCGCGCCAUCUGUCAGGAGCUAGGAAUCAACCCCACCAAACUCGACACUGAUGACUGGGAUAAUGUCGAGCGUGUCGUCAAGACUAUCAUCAAGUCGGGACGCAAUGCAAAGGUCGAAGGUGGUGAAACCAUGUUCACGGUGCAGGAAUAG